AUGAGUCAAUCUUUGAUAGUACCAAACUACGCCUUUACAGAUCAAGAGUUUGCUGUCACCCUUCGAAAUGAAGCUUACCUAAGAACAACUCUUAUGCAAGCAGCUUUUAAACCGAUCUUAAGAGAAUUAGUCUUUGAUAUUGAUCUAACGGAUUAUGAUGAUAUUCGAAGCUGUUGUUGUGAAGCAAGAAUUUGUUCAAAGCGCUGGAAAUUCAUUACCAUUGCUGAAAAAGUUCUAGAUUUAUCUAACUCUAGCUUCAGUGAUCAAAGAAGGAGCCAAAGACUAAAGGAAGAAUUGAUAAAUAUUCAAAUACAUUACACAUAUCCUAGAAUCAAUUUAGAAGUUCAUAAACAUAUGACCCAUAUUUUGAAAAGUCCAUUUUGGGUACAUCUUGGUAGUAGUACAGGUAAAGUUUGCGUACCUAUUGAUCCUACUCAAAUUCAUGCAUUUGAUCCGAAAAAAGUUCCAGAUGUUAGAGACCUUUUAAGACAAUUAGACAAAGUUAAAUUCAAUCAAACUGGAGAUGGACCUCAACAAAGUAAUAAACCUAAUUGGGAGCAAACAUCUUUGAAACCAUAUAUUGAAGUUUUUGAAAAACAUAUAAAUAAGAUUGUAAAAGAAAAACUAAAAUCUAAAAAAUUGUAA